AUGGGCGCCUAUCUCUAUGGGCGCCUAUCUCUAGGGGCGCCUAUCUCUCUGGGCGCCUAUCUCUAUGGGCGCCUAUCUCUAGGGGCGCCUAUCUCUAGGGGCGCCUAUCUCUAUGGGCGCCUAUCUCUAGGGGCACCUAUCUCUAUGGGCGCCUAUCUCUAUGGGCGCCUAUCUCUAGGGGCGCCUUUCUCUAGGAGCGCCUAUCUCUAUGGGCGCCUAUCUCUAUGGGCGCCUAUCUCUAGGGGCGCCUAUCUCUAUGGGCGCCUAUCUCUAGGGGCGCCUAUCUCUAUGGGCGCCUAUCUCUAUGGGCGCCUAUCUCUAUGGGCGCCUAUCUCUAUGGGCGCCUAUCUCUAG